UUCCAUGUCCUAGAUCUCUGCAAGUGAUUAAAAAAUUCCAGUUUUUCUUUUUCCACCAUUUUUCAUGUACAUUUGAUUUGAUUGCAUCAACAUUCUAUGUUCUUGAUGGGUUGUGUCAAUUUCUGGGUUUUAGGAACUGAAUUUCAUUUGGGGUUGUUUCAAAUUUCUGUCAUUCGAAAAAUUUCUUGCUGGAAUGGAAUUUGAAUACAUUUUUCUUUUGGGGAUUUUGGUCUCUGUAUUGUUCCUCGGAAAAGGGAAAUGGUUAUCUGGGUUGUCUGUAUCUCUUGUCCCUUUUCGAAGGCCUUUCAAUGGUAGUUCAUUUUUCUUCUUUAAAUGGGGGAUUUGGCGAAUAUUCAGAAAAAAAAGUUUCUAAAUAGACCACAAUAAAUGCAAAUAAAAUCUACCCUUUUUUCCUCUUCCUUAGUUUGACGGCCUUUCUUAAAAAUAUUUAUAUUUGCAUUUACAUAUAUAAAGGAUUUGAAACGGUCGUGAUUAUUCGAUUUUGAACUUUCUGUUUUCCAUAACGCGUUACGCCAAAUUUCCGCCUUCUGGGUUGCUUCAUUUGCGUCUUUUUUCUGUUGGGUUUGGUUUUUCUUUUCCAGUUUUGUAGAUCUAAGCCAUUAACCGACGAACCCAAUUCGUAUCUUCUUCAGAUUUUCAACCGUUACGGCUCGACAAAUCGAGUGGGGUUGUCUUAAAAUUUCUCCUGAUUUUGAAAUUUGAGAAGAAUUUUGGGGGUUUGAAGUGAAAGAAGAGUAAAGGAGAGGAAGUUAUGGGGCAUUCGGCGCCGGUUUGGGAUUGCAGAGCGGCGACUGAGAUUACACAGGAUUGGAAUGGUAUUGAUCAGGUUGUGCUUAGAAAUCCCAAAGGGGCAUCAGCUAGGAUUAGCUUACACGGAGGACAAGUUUGUUCUUGGAGAAAUGAUCAAGGGGAAGAACUUCUCUUCACAAGUAGUAAGGCAAUCUUUAAGGCACCAAAAGCUAUGAGGGGAGGAAUUCCCAUAUGUUUCCCACAGUUUGGAAGCUGUGGAUCACUAGAGCAGCAUGGUUUUGUGAAGAACAAGAUCUGGACAAUUGAUGAAAAUCCACCGCCCAUGUGCUCGGAUGAUAUCGAGGGGGGCUCCUUUGUUGAUUUACUAUAUAGAUCUUCAGAGGAGGAUUUGAAAUUUUGGCCACACAGUUUUGAGCUCCGCCUUCGGGUGUCUCUACUACCGGAUGGAGACCUGAUUUUGAGAUCUAGAGUUAGGAAUGUAAAUGGAAAGCCAUUUGGUUUCUCAUUUGCUUAUCACACGCACUUGGUGGUUUCAGACAUAAGCGAGGUGAGAAUUGAAGGUCUCGAAACGCUUGACUUUUUAGACAAUCUAUGCCAAAAGGAGCGCUUUACAGAACAAGGAGAUGCCAUAACCUUUGAAUCUGAGGUGGAUCGGGUAUAUGUGAGUACUCCGAAUGUAAUUGCUGUACUUGAUCACGAAAGGAAGCGGACGUAUGUGAUAAGAAAGGAAGGAUUACCUGAUGUUGUGGUUUGGAAUCCAUGGGAGAAGAAGUCAAAAGCAAUGGUGGAUUUUGGCGACGAAGAAUACAAACAGAUGCUUUGCGUUAACGGAGCAGCGUUAGAGAGACCGAUUACCUUGAGGCCGGGUGAGGAAUGGACAGGAAAGCUGCAACUCACUGUCGUUCCUUCGAGUUUCUCUCUUGACUUGUAGAGGAAAUCAAACCGGGCAUGGGCACGGGCACGGACACAAGCAUGGCCAGACUACUUUUAUUGGGUGUAGAAGGGCUGAUGCUGUGUUAAGAAUAAUGUUAUGGUAGUUUUAGAACUGAUCUCUCUGUCAAACAUGGUGAAUUUUCUUUGAUUUUUUUAGUGGAAUUGAUGAAAUUAGGAUGUGGGGUAUCCUGCAAGCAACUUGGGAAGCCAAUGUUUUUAAAGAAUGGCUGCAUAUCCCCAAAACUAUCUUCUUGUUUUUAGAGGAAGAGAAGGGACGCAAAUUUGUUAUUUUCUUCUUAGUAAUCAGAAAAAUUGCCUCUUUUGUACUUAUAAAGUCAUGGUUUUCUGUUUAA